GUUUGUGGCCAGUUGUUUAAAGCCUCUCUUAUCAUCUCAAGCUGACGCAGAGCAUAGCUACACUAUGAGUCUCACUGUCUCUUCUAUUGUCCUGCUCUCUCUGUUCUCCUUAGUAACUAGUGACUAUGGUGACUAUACUGUUAUCAGUGUAUCGAAUGGAGGCAGCUGGGGCAACUGGGGAAGAAUUGAAUGGUGUCCAGAAGGAUACGUGGCCAAAGGAUUCGCUCUCAAGGCAGAAUCGAUACAGGGGAAGGGUGAUGACACAGCUGUGAAUGGGAUUACAUUACACUGCAUUCCCCGUUACAAAAGCUAUCCAGAAAAGACAAUUUCGUCUUCACAAGGACCGUGGGGUUCAUGGACAUCUCCUUUUUAUUGUUUAAAUGGUCACUUGGUUUCCUUCUCAUUGAAAGUGGAGCCACCACAGGGGAAAGGUGAUGAUACCACAGUCAACAACAUCAAGUUCAGAUGUUCAGAUGGUCGUCAGCUAGAAGGAGUUGGACUGCCUUGGGGAACAUAUAAAGAUUGGAGCAGUUCUUGCAAUCAUGGUAUCUGUGGGAUCCUGACCAAAGUUGAAGGAGAACAAGGCAAAGGAGAUGACACCGCCCUCAACGAUAUCCAGAUGUUCUGCUGCAGCAAUGUACACAGUAAUAAAAAUUAAUAAUUUAAUAUCCAUUCUUUUUGAAACACCUGAAUAUAACUUGACGUGUAGCUGUGCACAAUAAACAUUACAGAUAACCAAAAUCCAUUGUGAAAUCCAAGUUUAAUAAUGGUUUAUUCAAGCAAAGUGUGAUGGUUACACGGAAGGCCCCAUCACUCACCAGCAUGUUAUAGUCCUUCCUUGGUCCUUGGUCUAGUCACCUGUUAACAUACAACGUCAUUCAUCAGAGGGAGAUGCUCAUCUUAUUCUUAUCUCUAAAAAAAAAAAAGAAUGUUGCUUGUUGAAUAACGGGACUAUGAUAUGACUGCUAAUGGUCUGUAACAGUUUGUGUGAAUUAAAUUAAGAUUAAUAAAUCACUAAUAUAAUUCAAUCCUCAA